CACGGCAGCAAACAAACAUGGCGGCCACCAUGGAGCUGAGAUGCUGGGGAGGUGAUUGGGGUUUGCCUUCCGUCCACACAGAGUCUCUCAUAGUGCUGGUAAAUGCGUUCAUAAAAAACAAAAUUAUGAUAUGACGUUUGUGUCACGAAUGUACUGCAUGGCUGCAUUCCUCAUUGUUUUAUUUGACAAUCUUCACCUAUUACGAUGAUGCAAAACCAUCAACAAGACUGAGCUAUUUUAGCUAGCUAACGUUAACUAACUGGAAAGUUAGCGAAAUAUUAGUGGUAGAAUCGAUAUUUGAUAUUUUGUUUUAUCUAAUCAUCUAGCCUUUUAGAGGCUUUUAUUAAUGAAAACUUGAACCAACUAACAACAUGCACUGUCCGGUAUGUCUAACUGGCUGUAGCUAACUAGCUACAGUAGCUAAUAGCUGUCAGAUGCCAUUCUCAUUGCUAACAUUUCUUCAAGUUCAAGGUCAGCUCUCUCUCGAUUUACUACUACUGUCCUCGGUACGACCAUUCUCCUGUCUUCUUAUGCUUAACUGUGUAGUUAUGUAGCCCAGUAGUUAAUUUGAACAUAUCCCUAUUUUACUAGGACACUUGCAUGAUCCCGUUCCCUAUAGGCUAGUUGCAGAUACUGUAUGAACAAUGCAAAGAAUUUGCACAAGCUCUCAUCACAAGGUGACACCGUUCCUGUUGAAAAAGGCUUACAGCUGCCAGAUCAUUUGCUGGCUGACAGUGUCAACAAAACAAUUUUGCAUGAUUACUAUAGGCCUACAUGUUUUCUGCACUUCCUCUGUUUGGACUACACUUUUCCUCACAGCCCCCUUUCUGGGCUACUCUUUGCCUAGCCAUAUCUAUUGACUAAAAAGAGAAGAUGUUUAACAAUCUAAGUUCUUUGUAUGAGAUACAAAGAACUCAGAUUGUUAAAUGUCGUCUCUUUUUAGUCAAUAGAUAUGGCUAUACUUUGCCAUGUGUGUUAUCACUGUCACUUGUCCACUAGGACUGCCAUAUAUGUACUGUUGUUCUUGGUGCUUACCAAUCAGCUACCCACCAUGCUGAUAGUCUGCUUUUAGAACUAGAGCCAAUGCCAAAUGAUACUUAGUGAUAUCUUGUAGGGCCGGGACGAUACCAGUAUCGCCAUAUGCGUUAGUUUCGUGGCAAGGAAACAAAACGCGAAGCGGAUUUAACUUCAGACACACUUUAUUUGGAUAGUCCAUCUGUAGAUGCUCUAUCAACAAACUAUCUGUUGAUAAGCAACUGACUAUCUGUUGAUAAGCAAAUGCUGGCUAAGGUUAGGGUAAGGUUUAUAAUAAGGGUAAGGGUUAAUGUUAGAGUUAGGGUAAGGGUUAGGAUAAGGGUUAAGGUUAGGGCUAGGGUUAGUAGAUAGUUAGUUGAAAUGUUACUGAUAGUCUAUAGUAGAGCAUCUACAGAUGGACUAUCCAAAUUAAGUUUUACUUUAACUUUUUUUGGGAAAACUGCUUAGUUUAAGUUGUCAUCUAGAGUCAAAUGUAUUUAUUUUCCAAUCUAUAGCACACAAUCUUUUACAUACAGGUUUUUAAAGGACCAAAAACGUUGGUGUGCUUCGUGGUUUAAUUUUUGGCAUGGAAAAAAUAUUGCGAUACUGGUAUUGUCACAGCCCUCAUAUCUUACAGAGCUUAACAUGCCAUACCCCAGAAAGCAUACUACUUUGACAACAUUGAUAUGAAAGCCUACAUAAUACUCUGACAACAUUGAUAUGAAAGCACAUAAUACUCUGAUAACAUUGCUAUGAUCCUGCCUGGCUAGAGCAAGGGACAGUUCAUGACAAAUGACCUUAAUGUCUUCCACCAUUACUCAUGGUUAUUAUUAUGUAGGCUUUAUAAUAAAGUGUUGUUCAGUAAAGUGGUUAAUACUCUUAUUUCUUGUCAAUCCACUGAACAACUAACAUAUCUCUGCUCUCUCUCAGGCCUAUGCCAAGUUCUCUGGAGCCAAGAUCAUAGUAACUCCCAUAGACUGGACGUGGAAGACAUUGACAGGUACUGCUGCUUGUUUUAAAGUCCAAAGAAACAGAAUUCAGUUGUUCUUAGACAAGUAAUACCAUCAUAAUUAUUUGUAAUUUCACCAUGUAAAAAAGAUCAAUAGGCUACUAGGUAGGAAUAGAUAAAUGACUAUCUGAUGCAAGAGUAUCAAAUUGACUGCUUACUAUACAUAUAGCACAUUGUCAGUGAGAGGUGUUGUCUCUAUUCCUGUUCUACUGUAGUUGUAUAGUCCAUGACAUAUGGCACAGGAUGAUAGACACAACCCAACACUACAGGCACACUGUUUUCCCUCUAUCCAACACUACAGGCACACUGUUUUCCCUCUAUCCAACACUACAGGCACACUGUUUUCCCUCUAUCCAACACUACAGGCACACUGUUUUCCCUCUAUCCAACAUUACAGGCACACUGUUUUCCCUCUAUCCAACACUACAGGCACACUGUUUUCCCUCUAUCCAACACUACAGGCACACUGUUUUCCCUUUAUCCAACACUACAGGCACACUGUUUUCCCUCUAUCCAACACUACAGGCACACUGUUUUCCCUCUAUCCAACACUACAGGCACACUGUUUUCCCUCUAUCCAACACUACAGGCACACUGUUUUCCCUCUAUCCAACACUACAGGCACACUGUUUUCCCUCUAUCCAACAUUACAGGCACACUGUUUUCCCUCUAUCCAACACUACAGGCACACUGUUUUCCCUCUAUCCAACACUACAGGCACGGUGCCAGAGCUGGUCUGCCAGGGAUCCACAAUAACCGAACCUGCUCAGAUUCUCAACUUCCUGAGAAAACAGGUAAAGUCUCCUUUCUGCCUUCACCAUAAAUUACCUUUUUAAGAACUAUAUUUGCGGUGCAGCGCUAACAACAAAGCCUGUGUGUUGUCUACCAGAGGUUUAAUGCAGACUAUGAGUUGUCGGCGAGGCAGGGAGCAGACACCAUGGCCUACAUCGCUCUACUGGAGGAGAAACUACGACCAGCCCUGGUAGGAACAACCAGUGUGUGUAGUAGUUGUUGUGUACUGAUUGUUGUGGGUGUGUAUGUUGUUUUACACUUAGACACAUUUUGAAAGUGCAGCAGAGUGUUUUUGUUUGUGUACUGAGUGUUAUGUGCCCUGUAUUGUGUACUGUAUUCUAAAUAUGUAUUCUGUGUGUGUGUUGUCCUGUAGUUACACACGUUCUGGGUGGAUGCUGAGAACUAUGCUAACCUGACUCGGCCGUGGUUCGCCUCCCGCUCUCCCUUUCCCCUCAACUUCCUGGUCCCUGGUCGCCAUGCCAGCAUGGCCCUGUCCCGGAUCCUGCUGACCAAGGGAGAGUCUCCUCUACACACCAUCACUGAGGUGGAGGGAAAGGUAGGACAGGAACACACACUGCAGGGACUACUUGAUACCAUACGAUAUCCCACCCCUGCAUUCUAAGUAAAUUCACCUCUCCCCAUCCCCUCUAUCGUCAGAUCUACAGUGAAGCUAAGGAGUGUCUGAAUCUGCUUUCCCACAGAUUGGGGACGGCCUACUACUUCUUUGGGAACACGUGAGUUCUUGUGUAAUUUGGUCAGAUGCUAGAUUAGGCUGGGUGUGAUUAUAUUAUGUGUGGUGUAUUAAUGUAUCUGUCUUUCUCUGUGGCCCAGGCCAUGCAGUCUGGAUGCGUUUGUGUUUGGCUUUGUAGCUCCCCUCCACAAGGCUAGUCUACCCAGCAGCCCUCUGCAGAGCCACCUCAGACAGCUGGACAACCUCCAGCGCUUCUGUGACCACAUACUCAACGCUCACUUCAGCAGUCAUCCCGGUGAGACCAGCGCUCUGCCGUGUGUGUGUGUGUGUUUGUCAGUCAGCCUCGGCUGUUUAUAUGUUGAUGAUUGCUUCAGGUCCAGGGUAUUGGGUAAGGGUUACAGAGAGCCGGUUGUGUUUUUAAUAGAACGUGGCAGGGAAAAUCUGGUGAACUUCAGGUCUCGCAAAGCAGGAUGUACAACUUUUGCCAGGUUGUCAUUUGCAACAGGAGCAAUACCUAAACCGUCUGUGCAUGUAUGUGUGUGUGUCGGUGCGUCGACAAACUUACACGGUUUAUCGCUUCCUUUGUCUGGGCUGUGAUGGAGAGCUUCUGCUGCAUUCUGGCAUCUCUCUCUCUUUUCUCUGCUCUCUGUAUCUCUCUGCUUUCUAGUAUAAUGGUCUCUCUCUCUCUCUCUCUCUCUCUCUCUCUCCCCUGUUCCUGCUCCCCCCACCCUCUCUCUCCAGGGUCUCCCCAACCUGUUCAGGAGACAGUGGAUGCCAACCUGCAGAAACUCACUCAGCUUGUAAACAAAGAGUCCAACCUCAUAGAGAAGGUUCUGCUGCUCUCUGCUGCUUUUCUCUGCUUGCAUGUGUGUUUGUGUGUGUUGUGUUAGUCAUGGAGUAUAUUGUGGGCAUUAGUUAGACACUUUUGUACGUAUAUAUCAAGACAAGUUCACUUCUUCUGUGUGUUUAUGCACGCUCGCACGUAUAUGCGUCCGUGAGUGUGUGUUUAUAUUGUGGUUAGUAACUGUGUUAAACAGUGCAUUCAGAAAGUAUUCACAGCCGUUGACAUUUUCCACAUUUUGUUGUGUUAAAACAUUUGAUUAAAAUUGAUUUAAUUGUCAUUUUUGGUCAAUGAUAUACACAAAAUACUCUAAUGUCAAAGUGGAAGAAAUAUUCUAACAUUUAAUGAAAAAUAAAACACAUCUUUAUUAGAUCAUUAUUCACCCCCCCUGAGACAAAACAUGUUAGAAACGCCUUUGGCAGCGAUUAUAGCUGUGAGUCUUUCUGGGUAAGUCUCUAAGAGCUUUCUACACCUGGAUUGUACAAUAUUUGCCCAUUAUUCUUAAAAAAAAUAUUCAAGUUCUGUCAAGUUGGUUGUUGAUCAUUGCUAGAAAGACAUUUUCAAGUCUUGCCAUUCAAGACGAUUUAAGUAAAAACUGUAACAUUCAAUGUCGUCUUUGUAAGCAACUCCAGUGUCUGGUGGAAAGCAGACUGAACCAGGUUUUCCUCUAGGAUGUUGUCUGUGCUCAGCUGUAUUCCGUUUAUUUUUAUCCUAAAAAACUCCCCAGUCCUUGUCGACGACAAGCAUAUCCAUAAAAUGUAUUCACAUGAAAAUGUAUGCACUCACUAACUGUAAGUCGCUCUGGAUAAGAGCGUCUGCUAAAUGACAAAAAAAAUUAAAAUACAAUAAAAUAACAUCAUGCAUCCACCACCAUGCUUGAAAAUAUGAAGAGUGCUACUCAGUGAUGUGUUCUGUUGGAUUUGCCCCAAACAUGAUGCUUUGUAUUCAGGACAAAACAUUUUUAGUUUUUACAAUAUUACUUAAGUGCCUUGUUGCAAACAGGAUGCUUGUUUUGGAAUAUUUUUUUUCUGCACAGGCUUCCUUCUUUUCACUCUGUCACUUAGGUUAGUAUUGUGGAGUAACUACAAUGCUGUUGAUCCAUCCUCAGUUCUCACAUCACAACCAUUUUAAAAUCACCAUUGUCCUCAUGGUGAAAUCCCUGAGUAGUUUACUUCCUCUCAGGCAACUGAGUUAUGAAGGACGCCUGUAUCUUUGUAGUUAUUGGCUGUAUUGAUACACCAUCCAAAGCCUAAUUAAUAACUUCACCAUGCUCAAAGGGAUAUUCAGAGUUAGCUUUUUUUAUUUUUACACAUCUACCAAUCGGUGCCCUUCUUUGCGAGCCAUUGAGAAACCUCCCUGGUCUUUGUGCUUGAAUCUGUUCUUGAAAUUCAGUACUCGACUGAGGGACCUUACAGAUAAUUAUAUGUGUGGGGUACAGAGAUGAGGUAGUCAUUCAAGAAUCAUGUUAAACACUAUUAUUGCUCACAGAGUGAGUCCAUGCAACUUAUUAUGUGACUUGUUAAGCACAUUUUUACUCCUGAACUUAUUUAGGCUUUCCAUGACAAAAGGGGUUGAAUACUUAUUGACUCAAAACAUUUCAGCUUUUCAUUUUGUAUUAAUUUAGAACAUGUUCUACAAACAAAAUUCCACUUUGACAUUAUGGGAUAUUGUGUGUAGACCAGUGACACAAAAUCUAUAUUUAAUCCAUUUUAAAUUCAGGAUGUAACACAAAAAAAUGUGGAAAAAGCCAAGGGUUGUGAAUACUUUCUGAAGGCACUGUAUGUAUGUCUACUGACUGUGUGUGUUCUCCUGCAGAUGGAUGACAACCUGAGGAGCAGCCCUCAGCACAAACCCCUCAGAGUAGACCCCAGACCCAGCCUGGGCAACAACAAGAGCUCUACCCCUGCCUAACCCCUAACCACUCACCUCUAGCCCUUGACCUCUCACCCCCGACCAGCCUGGUGGAUGGGAGGGGUGCUGUAUUAUACUGAACCUGGUUCAAAUACUGUAAAUGCCCUAGCCUGAGUGCCAGUCUGUUGUUACUAGCAUGCCAACUCUUUCUUACUCAUUGACAAGGACAGCAAUGGAGUUGGCAAGAGCACAAACAGAUCUGGGAUCAGGCUAC